GAAGUCCAGAAGCAUUCUGUGCACACACUUGUGUUCAGAUCUUUGAAGAGAACCCAUGAUAUGUUUGUAGCAGAUAAUGCCAAGCCUAUUCCAUUAGAUGAAGAAAGUCAUAAAGUAAAGAUGGCAGUCAAGCUGCGUACAGAGUACGGCUCAGUGUUACACAUGCCUACUCUUAAAGAGAACUUGAGAGAGAAAGGAGGCCCAAACACCGGGGAUCCUUAUGGACACAAACAGUAUUCUGGAAAUCAAGGACAAGAACUUGAGUAUUUGAUAACUGGUACACAUCCAUACCCACCUGGACCUGGUGUGGCUCUGACAGCAGAUACUAAGGUCCAGAGGAUGCCUAGUGAAUCUGCAGCACAGUCCUUAGCCGUAGCACUCCCUGCUUCUCAGUCCAGGUUGGAUGCAAAUCGGACAGCUGCUGGCGUGGGUGAUAUUUACAGACAUGCUGGAAUAUCUGAGCGUUCACAGCCUCCUGGGAUGUCCGUGGCUAUGGUGGAAGCUGGUGGAAACAAAAAUUCUGCAUUAAUGGCAAAGAAGGCUCCAACCAUGCCCAAACCUCAGUGGCAUCCACCUUGGAAACUGUACAGAGUUAUCAGUGGUCACCUGGGCUGGGUAAGAUGCAUUGCAGUAGAACCAGGAAAUCAGUGGUUUGUUACUGGCUCUGCUGACAGAACUAUAAAGAUUUGGGACCUUGCUAGUGGUAAAUUGAAAUUGUCUUUGACGGGACACAUCAGUACUGUACGAGGGGUGAUAGUAAGUGCAAGAAGUCCAUACCUCUUUUCUUGUGGAGAAGACAAGCAAGUGAAAUGCUGGGAUCUUGAGUACAAUAAGGUUAUCAGACAUUACCAUGGUCAUCUAAGUGCUGUCUAUGGUUUAGACUUGCAUCCGACAAUAGAUGUACUGGUAACAUGUAGCAGAGAUUCAACAGCACGAAUUUGGGACGUAAGGACGAAAGCCAGUGUGCACACACUAUCAGGACACACAAAUGCAGUAGCAACGGUGAAAUGCCAAGCUGCAGAACCACAAAUUAUUACAGGCAGCCAUGAUACUACCAUACGGCUCUGGGAUUUAGUGGCAGGAAAAACUCGUGUUACUUUGACAAAUCACAAGAAAUCUGUGAGAGCAGUAGUGCUACAUCCAAGACAGUAA